AAUAAAAAACUUAAGAAUUGAGAAAAUUUCAUAGGUCAGCUUAGAGAAAGGGUGGAAGUAGUAAUCAAAGGUGACAGUUAGAGAGAGCUACAAAAAAGUGUUACAAAUUCCCGGAAAACGUUGAAAGGCUCUAAUGAGUUAUUUAUCCUCGGCUUUCGCUCUUUGCAAUCACUUGUACUUUUCUCUUCACCAAAUUUAGCAACCCCUUCGACGUAUUUUAAAAAACAAACUGAAAAUUAAAAAACUUAAUCACCUUCAAUAUGAAACAGAGAAGGCCUAGACCACUCCGAAACAGUUUAUAUCAUUUUUCCCCUUUUAGAUGUUUCUUCUCUCUCGCUCCAACUCCUUUUUGUUUCUGCUUUUGAUAUUAGCUUAAGUGUUUCAAAGGAUCAUAACCCUUUUUCCCUCUGUCUUUCCUUGGCAAUUUAGCAUAGGAACAUGCAUUGUUUCCUCGUAGGAUACUUGGUUCUUUCUCUAUGGACCUUCAUUUCAUUGGUCCAUGCAGAGACCAACGACAAAGAUGAAAAUGCCCUUAAUGUGAUGUUUAAAAGCCUAAAUGCUCCAUCCCAACUAAGUGGUUGGAGGCUAAAUGGAGGGGACCCUUGUGGCAAUUCCUGGGAAGGGAUCACAUGUUCAGGCUCAAGAGUAACUCAGAUAAAAUUAUCAAACUAUGGACUCAAUGGAGAGUUGGGCUACGGGCUAUCAAACUUGACUUCACUCACUUCCAUUGACAUGAGCAAGAACAACCUCAAUGGUCAAAUUCCAUAUCAACUACCUCCCAAUGUUGUUAAAAUAAACCUUUCUCGGAAUCAAUUUACCGGUGACGUGCCUUACUCGAUAUCUCAAAUGACCAAAGUCGAAGACAUAAAUCUUAGCAAUAAUCAACUCGAUGGAGAGUUGAGUGAUAUGUUCGCCAAAGUGAAAAACCUAAAAUCAUUUGAUCUAUCAAACAACCAGCUGACUGGCAGGCUGCCGAAUACUUUUGCAUACCUCAAAAAAUUAAACACUUUGCAUCUGCAGGACAACCAAUUCACCGGAUCACUAAAUGCCAUUCGCGACCUUCCCAUUGAAGAUCUGAAUGUUGAAAACAAUCGAUUUACAGGAUGGAUUCCUAAUGAGUUGAAAGGCAUUCGUAGCCUGAAAACUGGAGGAAAUUCGUGGUCGACCGGGAAGGCUCCGCCUCCACCGCCUGGUGUAGUCCACCGGCAUCCUAAACCCGAUGAAGAAGAAGAAGAGGACAAUGACGAUGGCGGGAAGAAGAAAUCUAAACUUGUUCGGAAUAUAAUAAUUAUAGCCGCGUCAUGUUUUGGUGUACUUUUGUUGGUAGCUGGUCUUUGUGCAGCAAUGACCUCAAGGCGAAAGUCUUCUCCCCCAUCCUCACAGUUUGCCGAUGAAGAGAAAAAUGCCGGGCAAAAAGGGACUACUCCGUUCCAAUCCAACGAGUUAACCGCUGCACCCUUUGUCGGCACUGUAAAAGAAUCAAAAGGUUUAAAAACAAUUGAAUCAGGUGUCAUAUUCGAUCCACCACCUCCAGAAUAUCCUCUGGCAGUGGAGCUUAAGCAUUCCGGUUCAGUUUCGGGUCGUCCGUCCAGUGUAACUGAGCCAGUACGCCUCCUGAAAGCUAGAGGAAGCACCUCUGCUUCUGUUGUAGCAUUUUCUUUACCGGAUUUACAGAAUGCAACCGGUAAUUUCGCACCGAGUCACCUCCUGGGCGAGGGUAACAUUGGACGUGUUUAUAGGGCUAAAUGUGUAGAUGACAAGGUUUUAGCAGUGAAAAAGAUAGAUUCUGCACUUCUACAAGGGGAGAAGCCAGAGGGGUUUUCAGAAAUUGUCGAAAACAUCUCAAAGCUUCACCAUCCCAACAUUGCCGAACUGGUUGGGUAUUGCUCAGAGCAGGGGCAGUAUCUGUUAGUUUAUGACCAUUACAGGAAUGGCUCAAUUCAUGAGUUCCUACACGUAUCAGAUGAUUUCAGCAAGCCCCUCACUUGGAAUACUCGACUCAGUAUUGCUCUAGGUGCAGCAAGGGCUGUUGAGUAUCUCCAUAAAGUUUGCUCUCCACCUAUAGUUCAUAAGAACAUCAAGUCAUCCAAUAUAUUGCUUGAUGCUAAACUCAAUCCUCACCUAUCCGAUUACGGUAUGGCACACUUCCAUGAGCGCACGAGCCAAAACCUGGGAAUGGGAUAUAAUGCUCCAGAAUGUAUAAGCCCUUCGGCCUAUACGCUAAAGAGUGAUGUUUACAGUUUCGGAGUGGUGAUGUUAGAACUGCUGACCGGUCGAAAGCCCCUGGACAAUAAAAAACCAAGAUCAGAACAAUGCUUGGUGAAAUGGGCGAGCCCUCAGCUUCAUGACACUGAGGCACUGGCAGUGAUGGUCGAUCCCGCCUUGAGGGGACUGUACCCUCCGAAAUCGCUCCCUCCAUUUGCUGAAAUCAUCGCCCUCUGCGUAAAGUCGGAUCCGAAGCUACGGCCAACGAUGUCGGAGGUGGUGCAGUCAUUGGUACAAUUAGUACAACAAUCGAACAGGAACAUGCGAGAUGAACUUUCAACUUCUCGCCAGGAAGAGGACGAAGAAUGCUCGGUAAUCGUUUGAUUCAUAUGUAAGAAGAUUAUUAUCCAUUUUUAAUGCAA